AUACUAGUUUCGCUUUUCGCAGUAGUUCAUUUGAAUCAUAUACUCGCCAAAUAAACAAAACAUCACGUGUUAGGUAAAUUUGAAGUCAUUUUGAAAUUUUAUACAAAUUAAUUAAUUACGUAAUUUAUUUAAUUAAUAAAAUGUCAAAAAUACCAAAAGUUUUGAAACUUAAUAACGGAUUUUCUAUACCUACUAUAGGACUGGGAACUUAUAAGUCCUCUCCAAAUGAAGUUAAAGAUGCCGUUGAAUAUGCAAUUAGUAUAGGAUAUAGACAUAUAGAUACUGCUAAACUGUACGGAAACGAAAAAGAAAUAGGAGAUGCUCUAGUGAAUAUACUAAAAAGUGGUAAAGUAAAACGAGACGAUUUGUUUAUUACCACUAAAUUGUGGAAUAAUUUUCAUCAAAAAAAUCUUGUGGUACCUCAAAUUAAAGAGUCGCUAAAGUUAUUAAAAUUAGAUUAUAUCGAUUUGUAUCUUAUACAUUGGCCGUUUGCAUUUAAAGAAGAUGCUGAGCUGCUACCAACUGAUAGUUCAGCUUAUAGUGAAGUUGAUUAUUUAGAAACUUGGGAGGGAAUGGAAGAAUGCGUCACUCAAGGUUUAGCAAAAAGUAUUGGACUUUCAAACUUUAACAAACAACAAAUUGACAGAGUUUUGCAGAAUUGUAAAAUAAAACCUGUUGUAAACCAAAUUGAAGUUAAUCCUAAUUUAAGUCAACCUGAACUUAUUAAAUUUUGUCAAGAUAAAUGUAUAGUAGUGACAGGGUUUUGUCCAUUGGAAAGAUUUGGGAAUAGCCGGGAUCCUAAUUAUCCUGGACCUACUGCUCAAGAUCCUAAGGUUAUUGAAAUUGCCAAAAAGUAUAAUAAAACCGCACCGCAAAUCAUAUUAAGAUAUUUGCUUGAAUUAGGAAUUAGUGUUAUACCAAAGUCUGUGAAUCCCACAAGAAUAAAAGAAAAUUUCGAGAUUACUGAUUUCGAUCUUGAUUGUGAGGAAAUAGAGUAUUUAAAGUCUCGUAAUAAGGGUGCUAGAGUUUCUGCAAUGCUGCAGUAUAAAGACCACAAAUAUUAUCCUUUUUAAUAAUCUUCUGAUUUAUUUUGUGUGAUAAAUUAUUUUAGAUUGGAAACAGGUUGUUUUUUUGUGUUAAUAUCUUGACAGGAUAUUACAAACUUCUUUGGCUUUGACACAUUUUUUGAUCAUAAUAUAUCUAAAAAUCAAUGUUUUUUCGGUAUCUCAUCUCUUUCUGUUUAUGAAUCUUCUUGAUUUUAGUUUUUUUUUAAUUACAAGGAUUUUUUUAAUAGAAAUUACUCCCUGAUAUUUCCAUAUAAAUUCAGUUUUCAUCAAAAUAUAAUGAAUGAAAUUAAAAACUUGCAUCAUCAUUCAGCAAAGCAUUUAAAUUUUGAUGAAGAUCAUAUUCAAUUUGAAGCGUCGAAAUUUUUGUUAAAAUACCAGUUUCAAUUAAAUUGAAACCUAAAAUCAAAAUGUUGUAUCAACAAAAUAGUUAAUAACGAAGUUAAUAAAUUUUGUUUCAUUAUGAAUUUGUUAUCAACUAUUAGAAGAAAUAUCUUAAUUAUAAAUUUAUAAUUUUUCGGUGGGAGAUAAUUUUGUAAACUAUAGCUACUCUAACUUUUUGAAAAUCAGUAACCUGAAAAAUUUUAAUGUAACAAUUAUGUGUAAAAUUAAAAGAUAUACAAUUUUUAUUUGAAGAUUUUCUUUCUAACUUUUACCGUUUUUACAAAAUUUUGAAAAAACACUUUAUUUCUAAUCUCAACGCCCUAGCUUUGUAAAUAUCAGUAUUAUAGCAAAAAACUUCAAAUUACCAUUUUUGUGUGGAACUGAAAGAUCUACAAUUUUUAGUUAAACUUUUUCUUCCUUGUUUAUAUCGAUUUUCCAAAAUUUUGGAAAAAGAUCUAUCGCUAUUACCCUAACCACCGUAACUUUGUAAAGAUCAGUAAUACAAAAAACUCAGGGUACCAUUUUUGUUUGAAAUUGAAAGAUCUAUAACUUUCAUUUGAGGUUUUUUUUUCUAAUCUUCACCGUCUUUCCAAAAUUCUGAAAAAAUUUCAUUUUUUUCCAAUCUUACCCUAACGCCCGCCAUAACUCUGUAACUAUCAGUAAAAGCGAAAAACUUCAAAAUUUCUAAAAUCAAGACUUUGGUCAGUUAAAAACCAAUUUUAAUGAAAGAGACCCAAAAUCAAGACGAUUCACCCCAAAAUCAAGGUUUCAAAUUUGAAAUUUUGACUUUUUUUAAAUUACAACUAUUUCGAUAAAAAUUUUUUAGCCACUUCAAUUUUUUUGGAUAAUUUUGAACAAAGUAAGAAUACGUCUAUCUUAUAACCAUAUACUUAAAUAUUCAAAGAAAAAGUUACAGGAGGAAAUAGAAUUAUCUUAGAUUUUCAAGUUUCGAUAAGUCUUUAUGAAGCAAAGUGAUUUUUGGGUUGAAGAAAGCAAUUUUAAACAAAAAACAAAACCUAUUGCCGUUUAUUUAAAAUAAAUAAUCCAACAAAUUGACACAAAUAUAUAUAUAUAUAUAUAGAACUUUUUUUAAAAUAUCUUACAAUAUAUUCACCCAUACAUCAUCCUCCACAAAAUACACAAAAUAAACAAAAAAAAA